CUCCGUGCGGCUGGCCUGGGUGAGCGGGCGUCAUGGCCGCGGUUCCUCUGUGGGGCCGGUUUGGGGUGCGCGCAGCGUUCAGCGCCCGCUGCGGGGCUGGGGGGACUUGCGCUGGGGCCGGGGGGUCGGCCGCGGGGGGCACCGAGCCUCAAGGCCGCCGCCGGCCCCUCAAAGCCGCAGAGCAAUCGCAGCGGGUCGCCCCCCCGCCCGCCGGCUCCCGGCUGGACAACAAGAGCUUCCUGUGGGCGCGCUACAACGAGAUGAAACGCCUGGUCCAGGAUCUGCUCCCCCCUGGCGUGUGCAAUCUUCUGAACCCUUCCACCAUCUACGCCAACAAUGAAGUGUGUCUGGCUGACAUUGAGAUCUAUGGUUUUGACUAUGAUUACACUCUGGCUCUGUAUUCCAACUCCCUACAUUCGAUGAUUUACAACACUGCCAGGGACAUCUUGGUGGAACAGUAUAAGUAUCCAGAAGGGAUCCGUAAAUAUGACUACCUACCAAACUUUGCCAUCCGAGGAUUGCAUUAUGACAUCCCCAAGGGUUUACUGAUGAAGAUCGAUGCCUUCCAUUACAUCCAACUGGGCACUGUAUAUAGGGGCCUCAAGCCAGUCCCGGAUGAAGAAGUGACUGAGUUGUAUCAAGGCACACACCACAUUCCCCUCCACCAGGUUAGCGGAUUCUACGGCAAGGGACCAGCAGUAAAGCAAUUCAUGGACAUCUUUUCCCUUCCUGAGAUGACCCUCCUUGCAGUGGCCAACGACUUCUUCAUUUCCAAUGAUAUCGAUUAUGACCCUAUCCACCUUUAUAAGGAUGUCACGGACGCCAUCAGGGAUGUCCACAUCAAAGGCCUGAUGUACAAAUGGAUUCUCCAGGAUUUGGAAAAAUACAUACUUCGCGGUGAGGAGACCUAUGCCGUCCUGCGCCGCCUGGUGGACAAUGGCAAGAAGCUGUUUCUCAUCACCAACAGCCCCUUCAGCUUUGUUGACAAAGGCAUGAAGUACAUGGUGGGCAAGGAGUGGCGGGACUUCUUUGAUAUAGUCAUCGUGCAGGCCGAUAAGCCACAUUUCUUUAAUGAUGGCAUCAAACCUUUCCGCCGCUUGGAUGAGAAUGGAGACCUUCAGUGGGAUAAAAUCGUCAAGCUAGAAAAGGGCCAGGUGUACAAGCAGGGAAACCUAUUUGAUUUCCUGCGGCUGACUGGUUGGCGAGGAUCCAAGGUCUUCUACUUUGGUGACCAUCUCUACAGUGAUCUGGCAGACCUAAUGCUUCGCCAUGGCUGGCGUACUGGGGCCAUUGUUCCAGAGCUGGAGACCGAGACCAAGAUUGUCAACACAGAGCAGUACUCCCAGUCACUGACGUGGCUGCAGGCCCUCACUGGCCUCCUGGAACGUAUGCAGAUGUUUCGAGAUGCCGAGUCCCAGCAGGUGCUCCAGGACUGGAUGAAGGAGAGGCAGGAGAUGAGGGCCGUCACCAAGAAUCUGUUCAACCCUCAGUUCGGCAGCAUCUUUCGAACCUGCCACAACCCCACCUACUUCUCUCGUCGGCUCUGCCGCUUCUCAGACCUCUACAUGGCUUCCAUCAGCUGUCUGCUCAACUACGAUCUGCGUUACACCUUCUUUCCCCGGCGCACUCCUCUGCAGCACGAGGCCCCCCUCUGGAUGGACCAGCUCUGCACGGGCUGCAUGAAAACCCCCUUUCUGGAGGAGAUGGCCCACAUUCGCUAGGGGGGGGAGGGUGGCUUCCCACCCGGGGUGCCGGGCCACUCACGAGUCAAGGCCCGGUGCGAGACUGGAUUCUUCCGGUCUGAGCACGUUCCCCUCCCAUUCCCUAGCUUGGCUCCGGGGUCAGGAGCCAAAGGGUGAUCACAGGGCUGAUCACCAGGGCGUCCCAUGGAGAGGUUACACUGGCAUCAGGUGUCGCCCUUGUGCCUCUCCAGCAUGACCUCCUUAGGGACCCACAAGACCCUAUUUAUGCCAUCCACCGGAUGGGCAUUCAAAGGGUCUAUCUGCUUUGGUGCUAGGGAGGAGCCCAUCCCCGAAGCUCGAGGGAUGGGUGCCCCCAGUUAGAAAUCUGCUUUUCUGGGCCAGGCAACAAAGCCCAGCCAAGAGAGAUAGAGAGAGAGAAAAGGCAUUAGAGUGUGGAUCUGUACGCCCACCAAAAGGGUGGCAGAGCAUCUUAGAACUCAGAGGGCCAGUCCUGACGGACUCUGGGGACCCUUUCUCCCUUGCUCAUUUGCCAGAUGGCAUCUGAGGCCCGGGAAUGUGAAAGGGCAGAAAGUGAUUGAAUUUGAGGGGAGUGGCAGGGGAGGAAACGGGUGGUGGUCUUUGGGAUGGGAAGGUUGGAGUCUGUCUUGGCCUGGGAGGUUUUGUAAAGCCUUGGGAUUCCCCCAGGAGGGGCCGGGAACCUGCCAAGAAGCCAGCUGCUUUGGGCUCUUUCAUCUCUAUGGCCUCUCCUCACAGCCCUCUCCCCUUCCUGGAAACCUCAGGCUUUGUCCUAGCCCUAUAGGGGCCCCCGUGCCUUGCUCUCUCUUGCCAAGAAGCUGCAGCCUCAUUGAACUGCACAGGAGAGCUCUUGGGAAAGCAGACGGAGCGCCUCCGUGAGGCUCCGGGAGCUCUUGCCAGAAGCAGGGGCUCCCCUUUCUCUCUGCCCUCCUCCAAGAGAUUGGACGAGGAUCUCCAGCCCUCAUCUCAGUCCCUGCCUCGUAGGUCCUUGCAGGCUCCCCUCCCCUCCCUCAGCCCACUCUACCGGCCUAUCACAAAGGAGUCCGGAUCUGCGGAAUGCUCUAAUGAGGUCUGUGGAGUGUGGUGGACCCCACGCUAUCCCUGAUGCUUCGAGCCCUGGGGCAGGCUCCCCUCGUGCGACAUCUGAGCCCCCUCUUUCCCUCAGCUAGCUGGAGCGGCCAGGCCAAGAGGCGGGGACCAUAGCCCCCUCACUAAGCCUUCCGCUUCUCUGGCCACUCCAGACCAAAAAGGAGCUGUCUCCUUCACUUCUGAAUCUGCCCUUUCCUCUACCUCCUCCUCGCCAGAACCAUUUCCUGAACGAAUGACCAAAUGUUCUUGCUGGCUCUAUCUGUCCCUAGGGAAGUGGUGAGUGCUGGGACAGUAACACAAGGGAGCCACUUCCCGUUUACAGUGGGCUUCCGUUCUGAUGGAAGAAGAUAGACAUUGUACGCAGAGGGGCCCGGUGACCCAGGAGCAGGGCUUCGGUCUGAGGAGGGGAGCUGGGGCAAUCCGCUGACAUAUCCUCUCGGCCCCGGGUAGAAAUAGGGGAGGGACGGAGAGCCUGUGCAAGAAACAGCAAAGGCAGCUUUCAACCUGCUCUUGAGCCAGUCCGUUGGGUUUGGGCCUGACGCCAUGGCCGGUGUUCCAACAGCCCAACCCGCUUGCCUUCCGCUCACUGCCAACAGUGUAGAGAUCAUCCUCUGCUUUAAAACGAUCUCUCCCAUCGUGUCCCGUCCCUGCUUUUGCCCCCUGAAAUUACUAGUAGACUUCUGCGGGUCUUCUCUUCAGAUGGAGAGGGAAGGCACAGAGCCAGAAUCAGAAAGAGGGUUGUGAUGGGGAAGGUAGAGGAAGACCCAAAGAAGGAGGCAGAGGACCCCCCGAACUUGCAAAGGGGUUCACCGUAUCCUCGGCAACAGGAGGGAAGCACCCUCCACGAGCACUUAUCUUUUUUAAAAGUUUGCAUAAAUCAAAAUAAUGGCGCAUAGGGUAGAUGCUAGCAUCAGGAGGGUGGGGAAAGGUGCCUCCUAGAGGCUCCUUGAGCCCGGCUUUGAAUGCUGGGUGUUUUAAGGGGAAGGGGAAGUACCCAUGGGUGGGUAAAGGACCUUGGUAGAGGUAGAGAAGUGGGAGGUAGCAUGCCUUCGGUGUAUGAAGAAUACCGGGGGAUACAUUCAGAUAGUUAACUGGAGCUGGGUUGUAAAGAGCUUGCAAUUCUCCAGGGAUUGGUACUUAAGUGGAGGCCACAAAUGUGGCUGGAACCGGGCAGCCUUCAGGCAGGGCUACGGGGAUGGGCACGCGAGCUAGUCGCACGGGCAAUUUGCCCGAAGAAGCUAGAAGAGGGAUUCCAUUGGUAGGCAUAUACACUUAAAAUACAUAUAGCAGCACUUUGGUGGGAGUGGCAAAUGAAACACGUCCGCCAACUGGGGGAUAGCUAGAUGACCGAUGUGGAUGGAAUGGAACGUUAUGACGCCUGAAGAAAUGGUAAAUGGGAUGCAGAGAAGCCCAGAAAGACAAAAGCAUAAUACGGUGACUAGAGUGACAUAAAAAGGGAAAACAAUCAUGAAAUCAUGUGCCCCAGAAACGGUUUUUUAAUACAAAAAAUUAAGCCUGGCUCCAAAGGAGAUGGGAGAAAUUGCCUCCUGCAAACCCCCUCCCCCCCAACUCCUGCCAUUGGAUUUCAGAGGUGGGAGAUAGGUGAUCUGAUUUCCGAUUUAUUCAUUAUGUUAGUUUUGCUGAUGGCUUUUUCUUUUAAAAAAUUCUUGUUAUAUGGGAUGACUUUUUGAGAGGAUGGGGGAGGGCAAUUUGACAGUGUAAAAGAAGAUUAAAAAUCUUUAUAAAAGGA